UUUCAUCUCAGCAUCACCUCAUAGUAUGAUUUACAUCGAAGUGGAUAUUUUGUGAGCCUGAGCAUGGGGUCCAGCUGGUGUAAGAUCAUAUUGAAGAACGAGACCCCUUACACCUGGCACUACUCCGGUUCUCAUGUUUAUGACCCUUUUCUCAAUAUAUUUUACACAGAGAGGAAGGAAAGUGGCACACUGAAGGCUCGGGAGGAAAAAGAAUAUUGGCCAGAUCGGAAUGGUAAUCUCUGUAUGUUCAUUCUGAAAUAUGGAGAUCAUCAACACAAUUCUUUUUCAUAUCCCUACUCUGGAUAUCAACACACAACGUUCACCAUCAGAGAAAGCCUGGACCGCUCUGUCAUUGAGCUGCACUGUAGCACAUGUUCUGUAGUUAAAACAUGUCCCAACUAUGCAAAGAAGGAGAAGGACCAGCAGCGGCGAGAGGAGGAACAGCGGCGGCGAGAGGAGGAACAGCAGCGGCGAGAGGAGGAACAGCGGCGAGAGGAGGAACAGCGGCGGCGAGAGGAGGAACAGCGGCGGCGGCAGGAGAGACAGGAAAGGGAGAGGAGGAUUGAGGAGGAGAUCAGCAAGGAGACUGAGGAGGCCAGGAGGAGUCUGACAGAGGCAAAGCUGAACCUCAGUCCUAGUCUGAGGGAGCAGGAGGGUCAUCGGCAGUGCACACAUGUAUUACAGCAGGUGAUGGGGGACCAUGAGACUGUCAUCGAAAGGGAUGAGCAGAGAGAAAUUGAACAGAAGUUUGAGGAACUCUUGUUGGAUUACCAGAUCAGUGAAAAUGAAAGCCUGCAAGAUGUCACAUUUGAAGACAGGAUGAGAAACCUCCAGACUGAGCUGACAGUCCAAUACUUUAGAGAGAAGCACCUCUCCCUUUGGCCUCUUUUUACCUUCGAGAAUGCCAUCAUGUAUGAAUAUCUCUCUCUAACUGAGAGGUUCUGUAUCCUUAAGGCCGUGACAGAGGUAACGCUGGCAGGCAACCAGGAUGCCGUCAAUGGGCAUGUCCACCAACUUGAGUGUGCCAAGAGGUAUAACUUCCACCUUAGUCUUCUUGAGCAUCUGAAUGGGUCAAAUUCCACUCUGGCAGGUAAACUUCUAUUGGCUUUUUUUGACACAUUUUCAGAUGUGUCUCAGAACAGCAGGGAGCUCCUUCGUCAAAUUCUCUUCAGUAACAUCUGGACACCUGUAGAAAUCCUGCUCUUUCUUCGUGGGGUUGCUUCCAUGGACCAGAAGAAAACAGAUGCAAUCCUUCAUACAGUGCAGACCUACAGGCUGGAUCUUCUCUCCACACUCUCUGCCCUUAGAAGUAAUGAUCCCAAUAAGACUCUGCAAGGUUAUGCAGAAGAAGAAACUGACAAAGAUAUUGACACCAUUUUGAGUGAGAUGCGGGAUGCAAAUUACCCCGAAAAGUCACUCUCUAUAAUGGAGACUGUCUUAGGACAUAUAGAAGAGAAGCUUUCAAAAGAUCCCAUGGUAGACACACAGAAGAAACUGAGCAAGAGAGAAAAAAUGGAAAUGAUCAAAGACUUCAAGAACAAAAUUAAAUUGUUGAAUUUUGCUGAGGCAGACAACACUAUCCUCAAGGAAGUUCUUAUUACAAUGUGUAUUGCUGUUAAAGACUGCUCAGCCGUUUCCACUCAAAGUGGAGAGCAAAUCAAGGGAUAUUUUCCCAGACUCACCCAGCUGGCAUCAUUACUCAUGCUCCUUCUACCAAAGGCACCAUCAGAUAAAGGAUGCCUCUUAGAAAUUGGCACAGGAGAAGGAAAGUCUUGCAUUCUAGCUAUGUUUGCAACAAUCCAGGCCAUCAGAGGGGCCACAGUCGACAUUGUGACCAGUUCUCCAAUCCUUGCACGACGGGACGAAGAGGAGUGGAGAAAACUUUUUGACAUGUUUGAUAUCACAUCCUCCGUUGUGCCUCCACCAUUGAUGAAGGAGAGCAGCCUUAAAAGCUGUGACAAAAUACUACAGGACGCUUACAAAAGACAGAUUGUGUAUGGAACUGUAAGUGACUUUGCAGCAGACACUUUGAGGCAGGAAUUUGAGAAAAACACCACUCGUGGGGAGAGGAAGUUUGACUUAGUGAUUGUGGAUGAAGUAGAUUACAUGACCUUGGACAGUGGAGUGCAGGUGACCUUCCUGUCUCAUGAAGCCAGCGGCCUUAGGCACGUUGAGCAAGUCCUUGCUAGCAUUUGGUGCAUGAUAUCUGUGUGUCGGCCUAUUCGAAUGGAAGAAACGGGGGAGACUGAGUGGAUAACUGGGAUACAGCAUUUUCACAAGGCUGCAAAGAUGGCUGUUAUGGGCUCAGACAGAUCUGAACACUUUUCUGAAUUUGAUAUUCUGCAAACAGGGUUGCAGUUUGGAUUUUACACACAGGAAGACAUUGAUACAUUGAUGCAGAGUGAAAGUGAGGCACAAAGAGAUGGUAAAGCUGAUGAUUUUCAAGGUGAGAAUUGGAAAGCUAUUGAGGCGUUCAUGACUAAAAUUGGAGUGGAACAACAAUAUGAUCUGCUCAGUAUUCUUGAGACGGCAUUAGAUCAAACUGUUUUCAUCGACUGUUACACAUUAACAAAUAAUAAAGCCACAUCAAUUGGAGAGAAAAAAAGGGACAGUGACAUGAAAAUCAAAAUGCUUCUCCUCAACAAUGGACGAGCUAGUGAAAUAAUGUCUGAAAAAUCACUAAUUGAUGCAGUUGUUCUUGAGAUACAAUCUAAAAUCAUAUAUUCUGACCAAUGUCAGCCAAACUCAGAGGAAACCGAUAACUAUAUUGUGAUCCCCUUCUUCCUUAAGAAGUACAUUGAGAAUCGGAUGCCAGUCUUUGUGGGAAAUGCCUUAAAAGCUAUUGCAAUGAAACAAGGCAGAGAGUACAUGAUUGGCAUGUCUUCUGACGCUAAUCCAAGCUCUGUCAGUGAGUCUGACAAACAUUUCUACCAUGCCAUCAUCCCAGUGGACUACCAGGCCAGUGGAGUACUGGAAAAGAACAAACGCUGGGGUGACGGCCUUCAACAGUUUCUAGAGAUGAAGCAUCAGUUGGCCAUAUCAUCGCUAUCCAAUGUUACAAAUUAUAUGUCAAAUAUCCAUUACUUUAAAAGAUACCUUAAAGGGAGUGGCAUAUUUGGUGUUUCUGGAACAUUAGGUGGAAAUGCAGACAAACACUUCUUGAAAAGGCAUUACAAAUCAGACAGCUAUACGAUACCUUCUCACAGGCACAAUAAGGUAGUUGAACUCCCCGCUCUUCAGGUAAGCGGUGAUGACUUAAAAUGGAUAGAGGUAGUCUGUGGAAGUGCAUUGAAAGCUGCCGACAGGAACCAGGUCGUCUUGGUGGUUUGUGAGGAUGUUAAGACAGCAAAUGAAUUACAGGUGGCAAUGGCCAACCGAAAUCAACGACAUCCAAUCACCAUGUACACGAUCAGUGAGAGAGACAACAUUGAGCAAACCACAUUCAGUGGGGGAAGCAUCAUUAUCGCCACCAAUCUGGGAGGACGUGGCACAGACAUUAGAUUGGAGCAGAAAGUGAAUCAAUGCGGCGGACUCUUUGUCCUUCUCACACACUUUCCUGACAAUCGCAGAGUGGAGAAACAGGUGUUUGGACGCACAGCCAGAAAAGGAAAUUCCGGCAUGGUACAAAUGAUACUCCAUUGUGACCAACUGGCACCAGCGUACCAAGGCCAGCCUGUGGAGAUCAUGAGGCAGCUAAGAGAGGAUCAUGAAAUCCAACGCAUCACUGGUAUGGAGACAAAUGAGCUGCAGGAAAUUGAAAGGAAGGAAAAAUUAUUUUCAACAGUUUGCCAAUUUCUUGACAAUUUUGACAGCAACUACUCAGAAAAAGAGAGAGAGAACCUGUUGACAAUGAAGGUGGAGGAACAUAGUUUCAGACGUCAAGGCGAUAAGCUUGAUUACCAGCCAGCACUCAAUGCUCUGAAAGAAUCCUGGGCAUUGUGGUUGACCCUUCAUGAGACCCAUAUCGAGAAGGAUGAUGAUAUCUCUGACUUGGAAGCAGACUUACUUCAACAAUUGACAAACACAAGGAACAUGAUGUUGAAAGGACAAAGCCAAAAUUUCUAUGAUCAUCUGAAGCAGGCUGUUGUUAGAACCAACCUGCACUGCCGUGAUAAAACCAAGUGGGACUAUGAUGCAAAAUCUUCCUGGCAGAAAGCUGCAAAAUGUGACCCCUUUUACAGAGCAGUGGCGCUAUACAACCAAGCUUACAUCACAAUUAACCUGGCAGAGAGUGACUAUAAAACAGAGGCUAGUAACUUACUGCAGGAAGCAAAAGACACACUUGGUAUCUAUAUCUCUGAAACAACAAACACUUUGAAUGCAUGUCAGAUGGCAAUGAGGGGCAACUUUGAGCCACAUCAUGAUGGUGUCUGCAAUUUCCAAAGUCAGAUGCAAUCGAGGAUGAAUAUUUUCCAAGCUUGGCUGGGAUACAUUAACAGUACACUGAAAAAACUUGCAGAGCUAAAGAACAGUAAAAGUAGCGCCAUAACAGAGGAUUCCUCAGUGUAUGCACUCUCAGACGGGACAGACUAUGUCACCACAAAUGAACUCAUGGCCCUGUAUGAGUACGGCCUUGGCAUGGUGUUCGAAGUAAAAGAGAAGCCAAGGUUCAACAUUGAUGCUCUUGUGUGUUUUUUACUGGGUGCAUGUCAGGUUCUGGCCGGAGUUCUUGUUUGUGCUCUGUCCUAUGGCUCCGCCUCCCAGUUUGGUCUUGCCUUGAUCUCAGAGGGAGUGUCUGACAUGAUCAGUGGGUGUGAUGGCAUGAUAACUGGCAGUUUCAGUUGGGCAUCGUGGGCCAUCUCCAAAAGCAUCAGUAUUGGGAUAUCUUUGCUCACUUCUGGAUUUGGCACCAUCAAGAGAGCUGUCCAGUCUGUAUAUAAAGCCACAAAAGGCCUGCUAACAGGUACAAAAACCCUGUCAUCUGUUGCAAAAGGUGUCAUUAAAUCAGGGAAACAUGCAUUCAUGUCUUUCAAAGGCAGUGUCACAGCAGCCUCCUCUCUGUCCCUAGGUACAGUGAAGAAGCUGGGCACGAAAACUGUAAUCAAACAGACUUUCAAACAUGCAACCAAGUAUGCAGGACAGGAAAUGGCUAAGCAGAUAGUUACCCACACAUUGCAUUACUUCAUUGAUGCGGGGCUUCAAGCUGUACUGAAGGAGAUUUUGAACACGGCUUUCAAGGAUUCUAUCACCUCUGUAGUGAAAGAGAAUGAUGCAUUGAGUCACACUCUCACAGAGCUUGUAUGUUCUGGAGUUCCAAAAUCAGCUUUACAGAAACCAGCUGCUGAGUUCAAGAUUGACAGGGAGUGUGAAAAAAGUAUUAAAGAUUUAGUCAAAUCAGUGACAGAAAAAAAUAUUUCUGAUCUAAUGACAGAUUGUAGCACAGUGCAUGAGAUCAUUGACAGACUCGCUCAGGUGAGUAGCAAAGCGUCAGACCUUAUGGACAACGCAGGAGUGCCUGGAAAAGUCCAAACUGCUAUCUCUGCAAGCCUCUGCAUAGCAAAGUUCAGUACAGUGCUAGUCCAAAUGUUGAACUCUAUCCCUACAGAAAAAUGUAUCAAUGACAGAUUCUCUUCCAAGUUGAUAAAAGAAAUUCAUGUACAACUGCCAAAAGGGUAUGACCAGGAUGGCAGACACAGACUCCUUGAUGUGGGACGCCUGAAGAAUGAGCUCCUCGAGGGCAUCUCAGAGAAUGUCUCCAAGGAAUUUAUUGAGUCCUGUGCCAGACACAUGAACUCCUUGAUAACAAAUAUUUUUAAGGAAAAGAUCAAUAAAGUCACGAACGCCAUUGGCAAUACCACUAGCAACAUGCUUGGCAGGUACAAAACGGAAAACUAUUUCGUAGAGCAGAAGCAGAGGCAUGACAUGAAAUCAGCCAGUAAGCAUGCAGGGGAGUCUACAUGUAAGAUUGAACAGUCGGACCUCCAUCAUUACAUCAAUAACAUCAGCGAUAUUGACCGCCCUGCUUCAGAGCUGGACAUCUAUGUCCUUACAAAGAGUGACCUACUCCAGGGACAAGGCAUCAGGGUCAAGGUAGUGGAUAAACAUGGGAAACCACUCGAUGAGCAAUCCUACCCAGGCACUGACUGCUCAGCAGGAUACAUCACACUCAAACUGACCAUGGAGCCAGAGACAGCUAAAAGUGAGAUGAGUCUGUUAUCUCACAUACAAGACCGAAUCCAAGGUGUUCAAACUGCGUACAGUGGCCAUUUUACCAUUGUUCAACCAGAUGGAUGUGAGACCAGGGUGAUGUCAGAGGGCCAGAAUUGCAUGUACCAUGCCUUAAUCCAGGCAACAUCCAGAAGCCAGGAGCAGGACAUCAAAGAACAGGCAAGGAUUCUGCGCAAAAAAGUACAAAGCGAGGUUCAGGAAAACCUCCCAACCUACUGUGAGUUAGUAAAACUCCAGAAGCGCUAUGAUAAUGUUAUGGAUCCUGGAAAAUAUUCCAUAUUGGGAGGGGCAAGGCCAGAAAAGAAGAUUAUCAGCCAGGACUACAGGGAUGCCAUCGCACCUAUGACGGAAACCGACUAUACCAUUACCCAGCUUUACGACCUUGGUUAUGUUGCCACAUACAAAGAUGUAAGAAACACCAUAUUGUCUGGAAGGUACGCUGUGGAAGCCGACCACAUCAUACCAAAGGACACAUUAAGGAAGGCACUAGUACACCGUGACUUGGAAAAACUCAAGAGUAAGAAUUCACAACUUUAUGCUCUAGUAACAAGUAUUCAAUCGGACCCAAACGGAAGAUGCCACCUUGUCAUGCAGGUUCUCUACCAACAUCACCGCACUGCCUUGACAACUGGCAAUUGCAUUGAGGCCAAACAGUGCAGGGCACUGCUGGCUGACACACUCGUAAGUGGGAAUGCUGAGAAGAUGCUGAAGCAGGCCAUGAUUAUGGCCAAUCCUGUGUCCUCCCAGAUGCUUAGGGAUAAAGCAGGCCUCAUAAACCGCUCGUCCAUUGGAAAACAUCAAGACUUUUCAGAAAAUGGGACAAACUGCUACUACAAAGCUGGGUUCAUGAAUGUGUUCAGUGAGUAUCUGAACAUUGGCAUCAUUGACCAGAACCAGCAUACGAGGCUAAAGUCAUGGGCCAAAGAAAACAGGCACCAGGACAUAAACACAGAGGAGUUUAGAGAGAUACAAAGAAUAGUCGGAGGACAACAAGGUGAGAAAUCGAGGAAACAUGUGAGAGGAAACAUGCUCGGACCACAGACACAUCAAAGCCCCUGACAAAGAGGGAAUAUUCUCUCUCCUUGUAUCCUAUAGUCAUUUACACAGAAUUUAGAUCAUACAUUUAAUUAUGUUUGUUAAGGAAAAACAUAAGAGCAUGUAGACAUCAGCUGUAUAUUAAUGACCAAUGUAGGGUCUUUGUAAGCCUUGAAUGUCACAUGCUGGAGAAUGGUGAAUGAUUUCUUAUGUUUCUUCAUGAGGGACUUGGUUUUCUAUUUGGUACAUAAAAAAGGUAAAGACCCAACUUUCUGUUCAAGUCAUAGGCCUCUCUCCCUCAUCAAUAUUGACAUGAAAUUGUACGCCAAGGUUCUAGCCAAACACCUUGAAACUAUUUUGCAAAAACUAGUUCAUCCUGGAUUGUCAAAUAUCGAUAGGCGUCAGACAAUUGGAGAUGUCUCCUACGUAUAAUACAAAUUACACCUGAUAUACCAUCCUCCUGUGCAGUCCUGUCAAUUUAUGCAGAGAUGGCCUUUGACUGUCUCGGUUGGUUCUACCUCUGGUAAACUAUGGAACAUAUGGGAUUUGUUUAUGACUAUGUUGAAGACACUGUAUAGUAACCCCUCUUUAAUGGUCUUGAGAGUGUGAUGGAAAUGUGAUACAUUUGCUUUUCUUAUAACUAAUGUCUGUGUUCUAUUCAUGUGCUGUUCUAUAAACCAAUUUCUGUGUUCAUGCAAGUGACUGACUGAACGAACCCUCACUAUCAGUAACUGCAAUUUAGCAGUACGUCCAGACCUUGUUUUGAGAAUGAAAGACGUCUCAGCUUAGAGAGUAUUGGUCAGUCACAUGUUAUGAACCAGUAUUGGUCGGUCAUGUGAAUGAAACAAAACACUAUUAAUGAAUGAAUUAUGCUAAAUCAUGCAAAUGUAACUUGUCUGUGUAUAGCCGUAUAUAAGACAACUGCUGGGACUGCCCAGGCAGAGCUUCUGACCGACGUUCACAAUAGUGCAUUAAGUUUGUUGGAACCUCUCCAGCGUGCUGACAAAUAAACAUUGAUUCAUUUAAGAUUUA